AUGAAUACACCAGUGCUGUGCGAAUUUAAACCUUUGGAAAUUGUUAAGGAACAAUCGAAAAGGCCUUGCCUGAUCUAUCAAGAUAUAAAAUUUGAAAAGCCAACCCAGAUAGCCUUCAUCAUAUUUCGGAAUUAUUAUUGCUCUCAUAUCACUAUUAAAUAUAAGGCUCAAAAUGGAAUGUUCGUUACUCUCCUCUCAAAAUUUCAAUUAAUGGAAAAUGCAAAUUAUGAAAACGAUUCUCAAAAUUACGUUCGAAUCAAUUGUGGCAAAGAUUUCAAUUCAAAUUACAAAAAGGAUAUGCAGUUUAAUAAUUUGAGAUUUUAUUAUUAUCAAACUUCACCGAAUUGGAAGACUUUUAGUUUAACCAAUUUCUCAUUCUACAAACCAAUUUUGUUUCAUAAAUCCAACGACAAGAAUGAUGAGACUACAACUCAAUCAUUGAAUGGAGUCCUUGAAGAUAUCAAACAAGAUAAAGAGAUUAGAACUAUUGUAUCACUCAAAGUUCAAUAA